AGAAAAAAAAAAAAUGAUGCAGGCAAGAUAGAAGGACGGCCACCUUCAAUGUUCACGCAUUGAACGACCACCGCACGCCCAACAUGUCGUCUUUCUUCACAGUACCCGGCGCACAAAAGAAAAGGAAACGAACGGCCGGUCCAGAAGCUCCCAAAAAGCGAAUUGCGGGAGCCAGCAGCGCAAAGCAGAGCUCGUCCAAAGCUCCGACAUCAAAACCAAGGCAACAGAAGCCAGGCCAGGCCAAGAAACGGGUCGAACGAGAUGAGUCGAUAUCGGGCAGCGACGGCGAGUCGGACGAUGGCAGUCAGGGCCGGCCGCGCGACGAUGCCGACGAGAAUGCUGGCUCAGGCUCCGACGACGAUUCGGAGCGGGAGGCUGAGACGGCGGCUGAGCGGCGGUUGAGGCUUGCGGAACGCUAUCUCGACAACGUGCGGAAGGAGGUCACGGCGCAGGACGAGUAUGCAUUUGACGCGGAGGAGAUCGACAAGGACAUAAUAGCAGAGCGACUCAAGGAGGACGUGGCCGAGUCCAAGGGCAAGGUCUACCGUCGACUCGCCUCCGAGCUGGACUACGGCCGCACAUACCAGACAGAGUUCCGCUGGAAUCCCGAGAACGUCAACUCGAUCGCAACGUGCGCGCCCUACGCCUACGUUGUCACCAAGGACAUGUACCUCAGCAAGUGGCGACUGCAGGACCUGCCGCAGCACCAGUGGCCCCAGACAACCAAGAAGAAGCCCAAGAAGCCGCCUGCGCCGCCCAAGCGUCGCCCCGAGCGCAUCCGCUACUCCCGCGGCGACACCCGCAAGGCUAAAGACAAAGAUUUCCAGGGCCACACGGGCCCCAUACUCGCCGUGGCGGCGUCGCACGACGGCCGCUUCGUCGUCACGGCCGGCGCGGACCGCCGCCUGGUGGUACACGACGCCGAGACGCUCAAGCCCCUCCGCGCCUUCUCACACCACCGCGACGCCGUUACUAGCCUGGCGUUCCGCCGAGGAUCAACCCAGCUCUUCUCGUGCUCGCGCGACCGCACCGUCAAGGUGUGGAGUGUAGAGGACCUAGCCUACAUCGAGACCCUGUUCGGCCACCAGAACGACGUUGUCGAUGUUGACGCCCUGGCCCAGGAGCGUUGCGUCUCGGUCGGCUCACGAGACCGUACCGCCCGCCUAUGGAAGGUUGUCGAAGAGACCCAGCUCGUGUUCCGUGGUGGUGGCGGCACCUCUCUCAAUAAAAAGGGCGCUAAGCCCGAAGGAGUCGAUGCCAAAUCGCUCGCCCACGAGGGUAGCAUGGACCGCAUCGCCAUGCUUGACGAUGAGCUGUUUGUCACGGGGUCUGAUAACGGCUCCAUCUCACUCUGGAGCCUGCAGCGCAAGCGCCCCGUCUUCGUCCUGCCUUUAGCUCACGGGCUCGAGCCGCCCCUGCGCCUCGAUGCCGCCUCGGCCGAGAUCAGCCCAGAUCCCAAAGUCAUCCCUCCACCCCAGCCGCGCUGGAUCACGGCGCUACGUACCAUCCCCUACUCGAACCUCAUCCUCAGUGGCAGCUGGGAUGGCUGCGUGCGCGUGUGGAGGCUUAGCGACGACAAGAAGAAACUGGAGGCUGUCGGUGUUCUUGGUCAGCCAUUUGCCGAGGAUGAGGAAGAUAAAGAGGAGGGUGAGUUGGAAUCGAAGCCGCAGGUUAACGGCACCAAGGCGACCAAAGGCAAGGGCAAGGCCGUAGAACCGAAGGCCAUCGCCAAUGGUGAUGACAACGGCGGACACUCAAAAUGUAUCAGGGGCAUGAUCAACGACAUCUCUCUUUUCGAAAGAGGCGAGCGGGGUAAAGACGGACUAUGUGUCGUCGUUGCCGUCGGCAAAGAGCACCGGCUCGGGCGGUGGAAGAAGAUAAAGGGUGCCCGGAAUGGCGCCUUCGUGUUUGAAGUACCGAGGCUGGAGAAGGAGGAGACCAACGGUGCCACUCACGACUUAUCCGAUGAGGCGGACAAGUGACUUAUCCGAUGAGGCGGACAAGUGAUUGGUAGUGGUGGCCGUGGUUUGGGGCCUGGGCUGCAUGGUUCGCAGAAGGAUAAAAGGGGGGAUCUUGUUACAAUAGAAAAAUAUCGCACAUGCCUGUCUUGUUGAGCUUGUCUUGUUGAUGUUGCCACGGCGGCGCUUUCGCGAUGGGUUUGGUUCCCAUUUCUCAACACCCAGGAGGGGGUGGGCGUUAGUUAGCAUGCUCGGCGUCGAACAAUAUACCACCAUCAUCACGACACCA